AUGUCGACGCGAUGCGCGCGCGCGGCGCGCGGCGCGCGCGCGCGGCACGCGCGGCGCGCGACGGACGCGUCGACGUCGCGCGAACGCGAUGACGAGGACGAUGACGAGGACGAGGACGAGGACGGGCGCGAACGCGCCGAGCGAUUGGCGGCGGUGGUGAAUUGCUACGACGUCGCGGCGCUGAGCGCGAGCGCGACGCGCGCGUCGUCGUACGUCCGCGAGGAGCUCGCGGGAAUGACGACGGCGCAGAAGAUGAUUUUUAUGGACGCGCUGUCGUCGACGGGGAUCGAGAACGCGUGGACGAUCGCGGGUGAGGGGUACGCGUUGACGCGCGCGGAGCGCGCCGCGAGCGCGGGCUCGACGAAGGAUUUUCACGCGGCGAAUGAGAUUUUAGGCGACGACGACGCGAAUGCGCGCGGUGACGGCGUGCGCGUGUUCGAAGGACGCGUCGCGAAACUCCCGACCAAGUUCCUCAAUCGCUUCGCCAAGGCGUUUUACGUGGACGAGGACGACGAUCCGAUGCGAAGCGCGGCUUCGCGACGAUUUCUCGGUCGAGCGCCGAUUAAAAAAGGCCCGCUCGACGCCUUGCUUCCUCUGUAUUUCGCCUCCAACGACUUCACCGACGACUCCGUGACGAUUCCCGGCACCGGCGAGCGCGCUGAUUUAUCUUUGGAUUACCGCGACGUCCCGGUGUUGGCGACGCGGCGGCCUCUCGCGUCCCGCGCCGGCGGCGUCUCCUGGCCCGCGCCUCGCCUCGCGCUCUACCCGUUCGACGCCUUGGUCGAUUACAUCCGCCCGCUCGCGCCGGGCGUGCUCGUCGGUCGCGGCUACAGGUUCAAAGCCGACGUUCCGCGCAGGUUUUUAGAUUUCGUGCUCGUUCGUCGUGAAUAG